CAUUACACAUAACGCAAGUCAAAAUUACGAGUUAUUGCGUUGUCACUUGUCAGCGAAGUGUAUUUAUCAUUGAAAAUAAAAUCAUCAAAUUCAUUAUUUACUCAUUAUAAUUAAAAUGAGAUGACGUGAAUCGUUAACAAUAUAACAGACCUGAACAAUACAUUCCAGAUACCUAUCCAUUCAUAUAUAAUUCGCAACAAUGGCCGGAACGCCGAUCAAAUUAGGUUCUAUUCUAUCGUUUUGUAUUGUGUUAUAUGCAGUGUAUUAUAGGAAAAAUGAUAUUGGAGACGUUAGAUUAUCUCCAGUAAAAGAGCACCUAUUAUUUUUGGAGAAGGAAAAUUCCGUUGGUGUUGGGAAAAAUCAGCCUAAAGUCGCACUCGGAUAUGGCGCUUGUCAUGAUUUAUUCGUUAAUGCGACAGCAUUGUUGGACUACAGGGAUUUGAAGGGGCCCCCCGAACAUUUCAACGAAAUAACUACUAAGCAGGAAUUCUUGAAAAGCUUUGCAUAUUUCUUCAAACAUGGAGCUGCAGCAGAGCGUUUCAUGUCCAACAGUGAAUUAUAUGACGAAUUAGUAGAACAAGCAUUGAAAUUAUCAGACACUAGAUGGGCGAUCGGCGGCAAUGCCCCAUUGAUGGCUAAAAGAUUCUUCAUUGAAGGCUGGAAAGUGUUACUAGCUGCAAAAAUGAGUAACAAGCUGAAAGCGUACAUUCCUGAGGAAAUAGAAAUAGUGGGCGGCGAAGAGAAUGAAGCAGUAAAAGAUGAUAUUCACAUGAUUCUCGAGUAUAAGGCUGAUGAACAAUUUGGGGCGUACAAAUCCCCCAGAGCUAAUAGAUACAUAAUGCAUAAUGAUGAAAAUAAUCCAUUGCUAAGUUCAUUGGAGAAGCUCGGAGAACAUUUGGUCAAGUUCACACCAAAUCUUCUUGUUAUCAGCGGGCUACAAAUGAUGGAUAAUUUUCCGUUUAAACAGAAUGGAAAAGAUUUGAGAGCAGAAAGAUUAGAUCUAGUCAAAGAACAAAUUUUAUCACAGCCUCUCAACACACUGUCACAUUUUGAAAUGGCCAGCUAUGUGGACUUAGAACUUCUCACACAUUUGACUACUAAAGUUUUACCUUAUGUUGACUCAGUGGGUAUGAAUGAACAAGAACUCUCUAAUUUAUACAAUGUAUUAGAAUACGGUGAAGUUAUGGUGGUCGCCGACUCUAACCCAAGAGUGGCGACAGCAUUGGACCAAAUGCGGAAAACAUUCCAUCUCAUACGUCAGAAAAACAAAGAAUUCAAUAGCAAAAGAAAAAUAACGCGUAUCCACGUACAUACAUUAGCAUACCAAGCUAUUUUAACAGUUAAAAAUUCUGAUUGGAAACGGACAGAGGCUGCGGCAGCUAAAGCAUCAUUGACGGCACACAGAUAUGUUUGCAACACACAAAAAAUAUCACUAGAUAAAUCAAAAUUAUUAUUGGAUGAUAGUUUUUCAACAACAACCGAUAAUGAUAACAAUAGUAGAGUGUUCUUCGAGCCAACUAAGCCAGUGGCAUGCUGGGACGAAGAAUUGGAUGGGGAUAAAGUCGAAAUUUGUGUAGCCCCAGUGCUUAUAUGUACAGAGGCUCAGUUGACUGCGGGCGCAGGGGAUAACAUAUCAGCAGCUGGGUUGGUUUUACAGGUGGAGAAAUGAUUUUAGUCAUAACACUUUAUUCACAGCUAGAAAUGAGCAUGAACUAUUUUAUGUAAGCAAUGAACAAUAGCAAUUCAAUUUCUAGAUCAAAAUCUUAGCAAUAAUAGAGCAUAUCAAUUGUUUUUAUCUGUUGAAUAUGUUAUAGUUAAUUGAAUUUUUAAAGUUAUUAUCGAAAUUAACAUUGAAUUGUAAGAGGUAUAGUUGAAUCAACUAGAAAUAGUUCUUUACCAUUGGAAAGUUUAUGCUCACAUCUCGUGCUGUAAGAACAAUGUAAGUCAUUAGGUAUUUAUUUUAUUUGCUUAAUAAAUUUAUUUAGAACUUUUUGUGUGCCAUGCCACUUCUUUGGCAUUGCACAAAUAUUAAAAAAAUAGCUUUUAACGAUAUUACAGUCUCUAAAAUUCAAUGAAGAUGUUUAGACAGGUCGAUCGAGACGCUUAUUAAUAAUAUGCUAUUCACAAAAGGUUUACAAUUCCCGCAUCAAUUUGUCUGUUAAAAUGGAAUGAUCAAAUAGGUAUAUCACUUAAUUGGCCCAUUAAAAAUAAUGAAUUAAAGUAGGUGUGGGUAGUUUCAUAGCAAUAAAAAAUUAAUUUCCCCUUUUUUAUUUGUCGCUUCAAGCAAAUUUAUUGUCUUUGCAAUAAAUCACUCAUUGCACUUGGAAAUGAGGGUUGAUCUAAAUUAUUAGGAAAAUUAGAAAAAAAAUAUAUGUUUUCUAGCGAUUGUUCAUGCAUGAUUGUAGAAAUAAAAAAAAAUACUUGUUUUAAGAAAAUGUUUGCUUUAUGCAAAUUUUGGGAGGAAAUUUAUUUUACUAUCUUUUUAUUGUUAAUGAUUUUGUUAAUUGUGAAGUCUGAUAAAAUUUUUCGAAUAAUAAAUAAUGGACCUGUUACUUAUAAACUAAAUCUAGUUAUUAAAUCAUUAAUACAAUUUUCUCAUCAAGUGUUAAAUCAAAAAUUUCAAAUUUUUAUUCAGACAAAAAUCUCGACUAUAUGAGGAAGUUGCAAAUAGGUUAAUGAAAAAUAUUUAAAUUGAAAAAUUUUAUGAUCCCCCAUUAUAUAUGUAUUUCAAUAUUUUUAUUUAUAAAGCAUUGUAAUGCAAUUUUAAAUAAAAAAAUAUUGUAUUUGCCACUUUUAUUAUUAAAAAAAAAACUUGAAUGUUGCUAAAUGAAACUACACAAGGCAUUUUAAUAUUUAUUCAUAGACAAAGUGUUACAAUAUUGGUAUAAAUGUUACAGCUAAGAUAACUUUAGUUAUAACUUAAAACUAUCAAAUGUUUAAUGUAAAUUUAUAAAUCCCACAAUCUCCUAACAUUCCUUGGGACAAAAUAUACACUCCAAUGGCUUUUAAUUAUAUCAAUAUGUUC